UUCUUUAGUUAGGUAGAAUCUAUUCUAGAUUAGAUAAUUGGAUAUAUUUUUCUUUUUGCCUAUAUAUUUUUAAAACUUAUCAUUGAAAAAUUAAGUUAAUUUAGCCUAUACUCUUACAAUCCAGAAACAAAUUUGAUGCAAAUUCUUUUACUAUUAUAUUUGCUACUUGAUUACUAUAAGUUGUGGUCAGGAAGUUUGAUAAAAUAACCACAUCCUGAAUUAUAAGAAUAAUUCAAAAAGGAUAGACUCAGUUUAUCAGUAUUAAACAGUUCGCAUUGUGUAUAACAGUUAUAUAUUAAUAUAAUUAUUGUACAGUGAUACUACAGUACAAAAGCAAUAUGAAAAUUUUAAAUUAGGAAAAAUAAAUGUAUAAUUGUAAUAAUAACUUAUACAACACAAUAUAUUUUUUCUUUAUUAAAAAAAAAAGAAAAACAGCAACAAUAGAAUAUAUUAAUCAAAAAGAAUAUUCAUACAGAAGAAAAAAAGUGAAAUUCAUGAACAAAGAUACAAUGACUACCAAACUUGCAAUGAAACAUAAAGACUCUCUCGCCUUGAAGGAAAACAAAGUGUUUCGCGAAGAGAAGAAGGAGAUUUACAAACAGACUAACCUGAAGAAAUGCGAGCAUCUAUCAUUUCCUUGGUUAAUUUUUAGUGUGUUUUUGAUUUAUUGGUUCAUCUUGUGUCCUUUAAUUUGGGCUAUAUGCUAUACAUUCAGAUACUCGUAUUGGUCUCUUCUCUUUUGGACAGUCGCAUUUCUAAUCUGGGUCAUGAUUAUGUGUGGAUUAAUAAUCUUUCGGAAGAGUUUACUGGCUAAACAAAAUCCUGAGAUUAACAUGAUCUCCAAAUAUGGCACGGAUAAUAUAAAAGAAUCUCUAAAUGUCUAUCAAAUAUCAUCUAAAGAUACAAAAUCUUUCAAGACAAAGAAGUUGAAUGAUUUAAACGAUCCAGAAUUUAAGAAGAAUAAUCGAGAAAAUUUCCUUAGGAAAGAUCUGCCGCCUUUGGUGAUACACAAACAAAUAUCUGGUGAAAAUAUCGAAGAUGUCGGAUUCGUGCAUGUUGAAAAGGACGAAAUAGAUCAAUUAGACAUUGCCACUAACUAUAUUGAGAAAAGUCCCUUGCAAAAUUAUCUCAAGCUGGUGACGGUACUGUCUCCGGACGAAAUAAAAUCUCCGGAGACGCCGAUGUCGCCAAGAGAACUGUUUUUCAUCGAUUUAAUUCGCGAAGCAGAAAAAGUCGAGAAAUUGCAGGAGACAAAAACGCUACAUUUCUUCUCAAGUAAAACAACUGAGGAUAAUACGAAAAAUGUGGAAAAUACAAAAGAAGAAAUGAAUACAAAACAUGUAAAGCAUAGAAAAGAUGUAAAAGCUGCAAAGAAUGAAAAAGAUGAGAUAAAUGAAUCAAAAUCAAAGCACGAAUCAAGUUAUUUUAUAGCAGAGGUGGGCAGCCCAGUCAAUGAGAAAACAGAAGUUUUUCUUCAGAUUGAUACAUGUGUGGAUGAACAACUGAAAAAACCAGUGUUAAAAUUACAAUCCACUGAAGCAAAGUUGCUAAAAACCUUUAUUUCACAAGAUAAUUAAUUUACUAACAACAAUAAUUGAUAAACAAAAAGAGAGAAAUAUGAUAUGAAUUGAAAAAAGUUGAGAUUGAAGGAGAAAUUGCCCUAUAAAUAAAGAAUAUUAAUUAUAAAUAUAAGAUGUUACAAUAAGUUUUUUUUUUUUAUUUUUUAUGUCUAUUUUCUAUCUCUUUUUCCUCUCUAUAAAAGUUAUAAUUAAUAUUAUACAAAUAUAUCAUAUAAAUAUAAUGGAUUAUACAUAUACAAUUAUUUAUAUACAUUAUUAAAUAUAUAAGGUGCAUAUUCUUUGUCUUGAAUUUGAAAUUAUAAUAUUUUAAUCAUCUAAAUGCUGAAAAUUUUGACAAUAGAAUACA